GAGAGGCACAAGAGAAUGAGCACACGGAGCAGUGGCUCCAGUGGAAUGCUGCCUUUGACGCCCGUGGAGAGCCGACUACCACCACACCACAUCCCAUUGUAGUUCAGAAUUGCUGGAUGUAGCGGAUCAGAGCAACUGACAUGGAUCUACACAAGCCAAAGCUUUAUCUCACAUGAGAAAGGGGCCUUAUGCCAUCAAAACAACCUGCAGGACACCCCUGGAAAUGGAUUAAUUUCAUGACAGAAAGAGUGAGUUGACGUUUCGGAGCGGUGUGUGUACAACGGUAGGAUAUUCAAGGCUGAUCUUCAUGUGGCUUCAUGAGUCGUGCCUUGGAGUGGUUUAGCUGCAUGUGGCAGAUCAUGUCAUGUCCCACAAAUGAAAAGUGAAGUGUUGUGUUAGGACUGACAUCGGAUCAGCACCCUUGGCAACGCAUCGCUUGGAAACAAAAGUGGUGCCUGGCGCAGCGCUCUGUGAGAGUUCGUGUACACUUGUUGCGCACAGCAAUAGCGUGGGAAAAAGAUGCUGCUGCUGCUGCUGCUGCGCGCGCUCUUGAUGCCACUCGGCCUCUUGCUGUGCCCCCUGGGUCUCGCGACAGCGUGCCAACUGCCAACGGAGUGGCGGCCGCUGAGCGAGGGCUGUCGCGCGGAGUUGGCCGAGAUCAUCGUGUACGCCAAAGUGCUCGCCAUCCACGAGGAGCCGUACGCUGCGAGCCUGUUCAACUACUUGCCGUAUCAGUUCGAGCAAGAGCGGGCAGCCGCAGCCGAGGGCCUGCUGUAUGCGGCAGAGGUGGAGAUGCUAUGUGACCAGGCGUGGGGCAGCAUGCUGGAGGUGCCGGCCGGCUCCCGGCUCAACCUCACCGGGCUCGGAUACUUUUCGUGCCAGUCCCACACCGUCAUGGUGAACGAGUCCUACAUAUUCUUCCUGAGGAUGGAUGAGAACUACAACCUCCUUCCUCACGGGGUCAACUUCCAGGAUGCCAUAUUCCCCGACACCCCGGAGAACCGCCGCACCUUCUCCAGCCUCUUCCAGUUCUCCAACUGCACCCACGGCCAGCCCCUGCAGAGCUACAGCCCCGCCUGGGAGAGCCAGGAGGACAGCAGGUUGCUGUGUUCCUCAGUGCAGCAGGUCCUGUUUGAAGAGGAGGAGCGUGUCCGCGUUCUCCAAGAGCGCACCGCCGACCUGGAGCGCCGUAACAAACAGCUGAAGGAACGUGUGAAGAAGCUCAAGCGCUCCAUGCGCCGCGUCCGCAAGACGGCACGCCAGGCCGAACGGGAGACGCGGGACCUGCGGGAACGCCUGAGCGCGGCUGAGCGGAGGGCUGGACAACAUCAGCAUCACACCAACGCCAUAUCCCAUCAUGCGCCUCCGCCGCAGUCGCCGAGGACGCCGCAGAAGCACGGGAGGAGCUCGCCACGCCGCGUUGGACACAUACAGGGGCUUUAGAAGGGGAAU